GGUAAAAUUCCUGCUUCUCGCAAAAACCCUUCUAAACUCUCCUCUCUAAUCAUCAACGUUCAUGCUUCCUCUUCACAGUUGCAGACCCACCUCUCUCGCCUCGCCGUCGCCGCUCGCCGCCGUUGAUCGCCGCCGUCACUCGUCGUUUCUCUCUCGUUCGCAGUCACUUAGAUUUGCUCCUUCUUGCCAGUAGUCUCUCCUAUCUCACGAAAGCCUUCUUCUCCCUCUCUGUUAAAAUACCCAGCGGCGGCUCUCUCCUCUCGCAGCCAUCUUUCUUCCACCAUGCUUUCUCGUCUACUUCCUAAACCCUCCCAUUUCAAAUUACUCGCCUUGAUUUCCACUAAACCCCCACCUCAGAGUCCUAGUUUUCGCCUUCUUCCCCGAUUCUUCUCCACCAAUGACAAUGGAAGUAAUAACAAUAAGAGCAGUGGAAGCAGGGACCAACCGACGAGCAAUGUGUGGAAGCUUUCCCAGGAGAAUGAUGGAAAUUUCGACCAAUUAUUCACUCAGGACGUUGAAAACCUUGAUGGCAUUGCGGAGGAUGAUUCUGCUGCAGUCGACGACGAUUCGUGGGUGAGAUCGAAGGACGGGGAUCGGGGCGCCGAAGGGGACGUUUUUGCGAGCAUGGAGAAGGAAAUUCAAGGAAAUAAAGAUGGCGCUGGUGAUAACGAAUGGGUUACGGCGAAAAAAUACGAGCCGUGGAGCUUGGUGGAGGAAGAGAAGAGUGAUGUCUUUAACAUCGAGGAGUAUACAGUUGAAAUUGGUGAAUCUAGAGAUGAGAGUAGAGAAGUGGAUGGUGGGAGCAGUGAGGACGCUAAGAAGCUCGAAAAGGAGGAGCAGGAACUCACUGCCGUCCUUAAAGGUCCUAAUUGCACAUUUGGAGACCUCAUAGCUGCAUCAGGAAUCACGGAUGACAUGUUAGAUAGUUUGAUUGCUUUGAAAGAUUUGGAAGGAGUUGAGGGGUUGCCCCCUCUAACUGAAAUAGAGGAUAUGCGUUAUGAGAAAAAUACAAGAAAAUCCUCAAGAGCUGAAAUUGAGCGCCAGAAACAAGAAGAGGUUGCAAAAGCAAGAGUGAGACAGGUAGAUGACAAAGGAAGAGCAUAUGGCACGGGAAGAAGGAAAUGCAGCAUUGCCCGUGUAUGGAUUCAGCCAGGAGAUGGCAAGUUCAUAGUGAAUGAUAAAGAAUUUGAUGUCUAUUUUCCAAUGCUUGAUAGUCGGGCUGCUCUUCUUCGACCUUUCUCCGAGACCAAAACUUUAGGCCUUUGGGAUGUGACAUGUACUGUAAAAGGAGGUGGUACAUCAGGCCAAGUUGGAGCUGUUCAGUUGGGGAUCAGCAGAGCCUUGCAGAAUUGGGAACCCGAUCUCCGUCCUCCAUUGCGAGCUUCUGGUUUCUUGACGCGAGAUGCACGUGUCGUGGAACGGAAGAAGCCGGGAAAAGCGAAGGCAAGAAAGAGCUUCCAAUGGGUCAAGCGUUAGGGGGCAGGCAAUUCAGCAUCUACUUGUAUGGAACCUUCAACUUUCUUUCGUCUACAAUAAUUUGUCAAAAUUUUCAAAUAGGUUGGUUCCUGCAUCGUUUUUGUAACGUAGAACAACACAAUUUGUUUAUUCCAAAUACCUUGUUUGCUUUAGCUAUUGAAUUUACCAUUAAGCUAUGGAUUCUCUCUCAGACAUUAAAGCCCCUAUAAAUUUUUUUUAAA